AUGAUUGUUGACGAAUCACGAAGGAGUAUCAAAGAACGUGUUCUCCACACCCGCAGAUCGAGCGCAGACCGCAGAUCGAAGAGAAUCCCUGACUCACAUCACAGCACCAGAGCUCUCAUUCUUUGCCAAGAGCGGACUUUUUGGUUCAAUUUCUGGUCCCCAGCCACUGGCAAGGCACGGCCGAUCAUGGCCAAGGACAGCCUGGUGCCCUAUGUGAACACCUGGUUCUGGCCAUCCUUCACCUUGGUUGGCACAUCCUCUCUCUUCUUCGGUAUCUACAUCGGGAAGAUCACGAACUCACACGAGUGGAAGGAGAUCUUUUUGGACUACUGCCAUCACAAGAGGGCUUCGUAUUCGCCCAAUCCUCUGGACAAGGUCGCCCGGUGUGUGAUGAGAUUUCUGCGCAUCGUUCCGAAGUGA